GUGAAUUUCAAAAAAAAAAAACACGGUGCACGCAUGCCCAGGAACUUGGGAUCAUCAGGCUAUCCCAUGACGCCGCAUAUGACAGAUGAGUCCACAUGUACGGACUCGGAGGUUGCUCGGGGCCCCAAUCAAUAUUAAAGAGGUCGUAUAAUUGACGCUCAUCUCUCUCUCUGCAUUUCUUCUGGCCCCCCAACAUGUCAGCUCCAGCAGGCGAUUUUGAUGUAGAGAACAAGUUCUUACACAGAAAGACGUCCGUCUCCACGAACUCUGAUGGAAACCGGGAAACCGCACGCGUUGUAAACCCUGGGGGCGAUCCGGAGAGCACAGAGGAAAAGGAUGAAGGGACGCAAGCGAAUAACACGUCCGAUAAGAGACUGCGUGUUGUCGUCCUGAUUGCACUCGCUGCACUCAUCCUUGGGUGGUGGAUCUCUUCCACCAUUUUGACAGCGACACGCGGACAAUGGGUCGUGCGGACAGUUUUCGCGUGGUCCUUCUUACUCAUCAUCGCGUUCCGCUUCAUACCCAAUUCGGUAGUGACGGAGCCUAUUGCUGCUGUAUGGAUACCAUGCGUCCAGGUGCCUUGGUACAAGCUUCCUCGGACGGCGAGAUUGACAAUUGGAUGGCUCUGCCUUCUUGCCAUCGUGUUUGGGUCUGCUUUCGGAUUACCACUCACUGGCAACAGCGAUUAUGGACAUCGGGCAAUUUCAGUACUUGGGUUGUUUGUUUUCCAGUGCGGUUUCUACUUGUCUUCUAUAAAUAGAUCGGCAAUUUGCUGGCCUACCGUGAUAGUCGGCCUUUUCCUUCAACAAACUAUUGCUCUUUUUGUGCUCAAGACCGGCGCUGGGUUUUCCCUCUUCAAAUACAUCGCGGAUCUCGCAAACGAUUUCUUGUCGGAAGCCGAUGUCGGAGCUACGUUUUUCUUCGAUGCAGCAACCGUUGCAAAGGGUUGGUUUUUUGUGAAUGUGCUCUCCGCAGUAAUCUUUUUCAUCGCCACAAUUCAAAUGUUGUACUAUCUCGGCGUCAUGCAAUGGAUGGUCAAAGGAUUUGCAUGGUUAUUCUUCAAGCUCAUGAACGUGUCUGGCGCUGAGGCGGUCGUUGCGGCUGCUUCUCCUUGGGUAGGCCAAGGAGAGUCUGCGUGUUUGGUCAAGCCUUAUGUUGAUAUCAUGACCCCAUCGGAACUUCAUCUUUGCAUGACUUCUGGUUUCUCCACCAUCUCCGGAUCUGUUUUGACCGCCUACGUUGCCCUGGGUGUUCCACCCCAGAAUCUUAUCACUUCAUCUGUCAUGAGCAUACCUGCUUCUAUUGCCAUCAGUAAGAUGCGGAUUCCCGAACUCGACGAACCUGUUACUCGUGGCCACAUAAUAGUGGACCGCGGGGACGAGGGAAAGGAACAGCCAGUCAACGCUCUUCACGCAUUUUCUUUGGGAGGUCUGUUUGGCCUAAAGGUCGCAGGACAAAUCCUCACUAACGUAUUGACGAUCUUGUCGCUCGUCGCCGCUAUCAAUGCCGUCUUGACAUGGGUCGGCCAUGGAUUCGGCAUCCACCAGCUUACUUUACAGCUAGUUUUGGGAUAUAUCGGGUAUCCUGUCGCCUUUUUCUUGGGUGUCCCCAGCAAUGAGAUCCUCCGAGUCUCACAACUGUUAGCAACGAAGCUAAUUGAAAACGAAUUUGCUGCAUAUUUAGAACUAUCAACCAUCCAAGCGAGUUCAAACCCCCUGUCGCAGCGUGCCUUCACGAUUGCAUCAUAUUCGCUCUGUGGAUUUGCAAAUCUCGGAUCGCUAGGUAUACAGAUUGGUGUGCUCGGCGCUUUGGCACCAUCGCGGGGCAAAACCAUUGCAACACUUGCGACGUCUGCUAUGUUUUGUGGAUUUAUCUCAACUCUCCAAACUGCUGGUAUCGCUGGCAUGCUGGUAUAAUACGAAGAUCAUCAUGGGACUAGAAUGACUGAGUCGUGGGGCUAUAUCUUGUUGUCGUUAAUACCUGGCCCUUCACCAUAAGGGCAAGAGACGUUGUGAAUGAUACGUACUUACUAGCUAAAUCCCAACUGAUGCAGGCGACACUCGUCGAGGGUCAGUCGAUGUGCUGAUCCCUUCU